AUGCCUUCUCGCACUGAUGCCCCCGUUGUCAUCCGCCUCUCUGACGAGGAGCGUGAUUCGGGCGUGAUGUCCGAUCAUCACCUCUACGAUGCGGUCGAGGCUUUUUUUAGCGAUGGGUUUGUGGUGUUGGAAAACGCUGUGCGGGAGGAUAUGAUUGAUGCCUUGAACGAUAGAAUGCUCAAGGAUACAGACAAGCUCAUGGCCGGGGAGGGCCUGUCACAUUUCGCACCUCUGAACAACAAAGUCGCGCAGAAUGGUGCUAAGGCUGGUGGAAACCUCUCUCAGGUGCCACCCUUAGAAAAGGAAUGGCUUUCGCCCGAGGUUUUCGCCAACAAGCACGCUGCUCGUGUCAUAUCUUACAUUCUCGGCCCCAAGCCUGAGGUUCAUUUUCUUCGAUCUAACACGCUCUUGAACAACGAUGACCGCCAGCGCGUCCAUUCAGAUAUGCGGUUCGAGCAUCCCACGCAUCCGUUUGCUAUCACCCAGAAUGUUUGCCUGUGUGGCUGUGGUCCUGAGAACGGUAUGACCGAGCUGUGGCUCGGAACUCAGAAUACAGGUGUCGAGAUUCGGCCACAGCUGGGUGAGCCUUUCAUCGACGAGGCAGUCGUAGAGGAGAGGAGAAAGAUCAGGCCGCCUCUCUACCCGAGGGUGAAGAAGGGAUCAAUCUUGGUGCGAGACUUACGUCUAUGGCAUGCUGGAAUGCCCAACCCUACCGAUAACGUUCGCAUUCUUCUUACAAUCAACUACUACGCCGGGUGGUUCAAGAACGGCGCACUUGUCACCUUCCCGGAAUCCCUCAGAUCCCAUGUCGCUUCCCUGGAGGAAUACGCGGACAUUAAAAUCGCCGCGACCUACGAGCCCGAUGAAGGCUUCAAUUACCUGAACACCAAAUUCAGUAACAACUUUAGCUCAGUUCUACACCCUGAAGUUUGGGAGAAGAUUGCCCAUGUGAAAACCGCCAAGGAUUACUAG